AUGAAUGCGCAAACUAAAGCAUUAACCCAGUUUGCGGUUUUGAAUGGUACCGUGACAAAUACAUCGAGUGAUAUCGAUGAAUUUGCAAUAAUUGAAACAGUGAAUCAACAACAGUUUCAGUUCCAACUUCCGGCUAUAAUAUACACUAUCAUAUUAAUGGUGAUUGGAACUCCAGGGAAUACCAUUGUUUUAUAUGUGUAUUUCUUUAAAUGGAGAAAAAGCACGUCACGAAUGUUCAUCCUAUUUCUAACAUCUCUGGAUUUGGUCAAUUGCAUUACUACUCUCCCAAUGGAGAUAUUUAUGAUGAGAUACUCGGUUAUGUUAGACAUGCCCUGGCUGUGUAAGAUAUCUAGAUUUUCAACAUACACCAUGAAUAGUUCAUCUGCAGCAAUUUUGGUAGCGAUUGCUGUUGAUAGGUACCGACGAAUUUGUAGACCACAUGGUCCUCAAUUCAGUGCGAAGGCGUCAAAGUAUAUAAGCAUUUGCUGUAUUGCGCUCGCAUUGUGUUUGACAUGGCCAUCAUUUCUGUUUUAUGGCACGCGUAGAGUCAAAUUAGGAAAAGUCGAAGGAAAGGCUUGUUUACUGGAGAAUAAAUUCGAUGAUUCCAUAUAUCCCAAUGUUUACUUCGUCGUAAUGAUGGCAAGCACUGUCGUUAUUUUUACGACAUUGUCUGUGUUAUAUUACUUCGUCGGCAUUCAAGUUUGUAGGCAUAGAACAAUGAGAUUGAAGAGAAAACGGAAACAGAAGGCUGCUCAGAACUUAGUGAUACGUGAACCAACCGUGAGUAAGAACGACACCUUACUGCAAGAUUCAGACUCAAAAGAAGUAAGGAAGAACACAACAGAGCAGUCAGAAAAUCGUGACAGCGACGCUUAUCAAACAGAAACCUUAAUCGAACAUCAAUCACAGAAUCAUAAAGAGCUAUUGCCACUACCUGUAGGAACAUCAAAUAACGAUUUAUCUGUAGUAACUUUAGACGAAAGUACGGUGAAUGGUGAUGGUGGUAGACUUACCGUCAGAUCCACUCCAGAGGUGCAACGAAAAUCCAAAUGUGGUCAAGAAAAACAACGACUCAAUAAAAAUGGAUUUACCAAGAAGAAAAUGUGUCUGCGAGACUCUCUUUCUAAAUCAACUGGGUCUCAGUGCAUUCAUUUACGUGUCCGCAUAGGGCGUUCAACAUUAAUGUUGUUUCUCAUCACUUUAGCGUACAUUGUUAGUUUCUUACCGUUUUAUGUAAUAGCAAUUAUUCGCCAAACGGACAGUACUUUUGUAUCACGAAUGGACGGUGCCGGCUACAUGGUUUACCAUGUGUGUCUGAGGUCUUACUUGUUGUCUAGUGCAAUUAAUCCAAUAAUAUACUCCUUCUGUAAUUCUCAAUUUAGGAUAUUCUGUUUUAAUAUGAUAAAGAAACAAAAACGUCUUAGCGGUAGAAGAAGCUUGUUUUAA